AUCGUCAUCAAUAGGGCAUCACCUCUUUGACCUAUUCACUAUCCUCACUAUCAUCUCAAUCGUGCAUCACCGCUAUCACCAUCUCAAUAGGGCGUCAAAAAAUCUUUUAGCAGUAUCUUACGUGCCAACAUCUCCCUCGCCAAAGUAUGCGUCGGUGCACAUUUACGGCAGAACGUGAAUGAACCUCGGCGGCUAACACAGACCCUGACCAUCGUCGCCUUCUGUGACCAUCCUCGCCACCGCCAUCACCCGCCCGUGCCCUCCACGUGUGGCGUGACCGUGCACACCGCCACCAUGCACACCGCCACCAUGCACGUGGAUCGCCUCUUCAAGGUGCUCGUGGUUGGCGACCCCGUGGUGGGCAAGACCUCUUUCGUGCAGAGAUUCGUGCACGAUGUCUACACCAGGCACUACCGCGCCACGGUGGGAGUGGAUUUCGCUCUGAAAAUCAUCCAGUGGUCCGAGACCGAGACGGUCAGACUCCAACUAUGGGACGUAGCAGGGCAGGAGCGGUUCACGUCCAUGACGCGGCUCUACUACAAGGACGCGGCCGGCUGCAUCGUGAUAUUCGACGUGACCUCCCUGCCCUCCUUCCACAACUGCCUCAAGUGGAAAAGCGACCUCGACUCCAAGGCCUUCCUGCCCGACGGGAGGCCCAUCUCGUGCAUCCUGCUCGCCAACAAGAGCGACCUGCCCGACUGGGCUGUGAGCCGGGCUGAGAUCGAGCAGUUCAGCCGGGACUCGGGGUUCCUGGGCUGGGCGGAGACAUCCGUGAAGAUGAACCACAACAUCACGGAGUCCAUACGGGUGUUGGUAGAGGAGAUGCUGUGUGUGGGAGGUGCCGGGGAGCCGAGUCACCUGUCCGAUGGAGGUUACCUGCAGCUGGGCACGGAGGACGCGGGGAAGAAACCUCGACGAUGCUGCUGAGAACUCCUCUCCUCCCACCGGCGUAGCUGUCGAGUGCGCAGGCGGUGCAACUGCCCCAGGGCCUCACAGGCCAGGGGGCAGGGGGCCCCAGCCGCAGGGCUGCGUCGAAGUGGGGAAUUUGGACAGAGGCGAUCCCUGAUUUUAUUUCUUGCACCAGGGCCCGUGCCAACCACACUAUUGUGCCACUGCCUCCUCUGCUGCUGAUCGUAUCCAGCACCAAGGUUGGAACCAUCGACACACAGGAGGAAGUGCAUGGGUGAAAUCUUCGGUUUUCGGUCAGGCCGUGAUAGAUUGUUGUCGUUUUCAUCAUCAUCAUCAUCACCACCAUCACAAUUUUCAUCGUCAUCAUUAACUCCAUCAUCUACAGCGACAUAAUUGUUGUCAUCAUUCACUAGACCCCACGUCAUUACCGUCAUUAUUGUCAUCAUCAACUCUGUGCGUCACCACCAUCAUCGACACAAGUAUAAUCAUCGUCCACGUCACUGUCAUCAUCAUUGUCAUCGUCCACGUGGCCUGUAAUCAGCUGAUCAUCAUCAUGAACUCCUCAUCGGCAGCUCCAUCAUCAUUCCUCAAGGAUCAACGACAGCAAACAUCACUUUCUGUGAAGUCAGCGGUGGCCUACCUGCGGACAAACUGUCUCCCGCCAUAGCAGUGUGGAAUGUCCACUGACCGUCAUCGACGACAGCCCCUGCGCUCAUUUGUGUCAGGGAGACAACUUCGCCUUGACUCGGUGGAGAGGUGAACAUUGGGUGGGCCGGGUUGUGAGAUACAAAGACGGCUGAGGAGCUAACGGUGUAGACACAAACGAGAGAAGGCACGUGGGACACACCGAGGCAUCCCACGGAUGGACAGACAGAUGCCAGGGUGGGCAUCCCCCCACGCUUGGUGUUGGAGUUGAAGUUCUCUCCGACUUGGUACUGAAGCGGCGGCCGGUUCUUCUGCCUGCCCGUCGCGAUGGGGGAACGUGCCAGCGUUCGCGUGCCAGCGUUCGGUAGCACCACCGACUCUCCCCGGCUCUCUCGUGCCCUCAGAAAACUCCACGCGUUCCUCAACACCAACGUGUGUGUGUCUGUUGAGUAUGGCCUUCAAAAGAAACAAAAAUAUAUACAAUAGGCGACGUUUCGGGCCAACGGCCCUCUUUCAUAAUACUCUCAUUUUAUUUUACCAGGUAGCGCCUGCUGAGCUAUUAGCUCUUUUACAGAGGCGGCCUGUCCAUGCGUGAGUUUAUUGCUCAUCGAAGUGGCUUUAGAGCGUCACCACGUGUGGCAAUUUAUAGUAGCGGGCAAAUCAUCUAAACGCAUGGUCCGUUUGUAAAUGCGGAGGGAAAAACCGGAGAGAGAUUAACGCGACCACCACAGGGAGAGACAGAGCACGUGGACUCCAAAUAUACAGCGACAGGCAUCGUCAAGGUCCGGGAUUGAACCCACCACCUCCUGCGUACAAGGCGAAGGAGAAACCAUCCCCGCACCACCGCGAUAAAAUAGAGGCCGUAGAAAUAGAGUGAAUAAUAAUAAUAAUCAGUUGAUAAUAAAAGUUGGAAAAUGCACUUUACGCCAUGGGGCCUGAUCAGAAUUAUAUUUUAAACAUUAGUUUCUAAUAACCAUGUUUUAUAUCGGCAUAUGAAUAGUUACCUACAAAUAGCUAUUGAGUAGCAGACACAACCUUUCGUUAAUCAAGACGUAUGAAUUAAAUUAACUAAUUUAUCUUUCAAGUAAAAUGUUUAAAAAUAAAUAUUUUCAGCUUGAGCUUUCUGCAGCCUGCUGAGCUGUGUGGAGCACUGUGGGUAAAUACGUUCACAAAUAGACCGCCUUCAUCUUUCCGCAUAAAGAGGAAAGAAAUGUUUUAGCCUAGGAGCCGUCCAGAAUGAUGUUGUAAAUGCACGCGUGUAGGCCCUCCUGUCAAUCCACUCCUGAACGAGGCCCUCCCGAUACCUGAGCGGGGUUUGAGGCCUUCUUUGACCAAACUUCGCCACGCUGGUGAGUACGGAUGGGUGAAGGCGUUGACUCUAGACGCGGCAGGAAAGCAAGUGCACCGUGCAGGACAAAAGUGGAUUUUGUUGCACCGUCCUCUGCUGCCCGCCGUUGACAAAUCGGUUGUUUGAGAAUACAAACUCUGGACCCGGAUUCGCCCUUUCGGGGUCUCGUCACAGAGACAGACCUCUGAAACAAAUGCUGGUUUCACCAUCGUCACGUGGGGUUGUGUUGUCACGUGGCGUUGUGUGCGUGCGCGCCGAUU